CGGAUCUGGCAACCUGCUGGCGGAUUAAAGCGCCCAGGCUGAGGAAGUGGGUCCGGACCUCCAGAAAAGUGUCCAACAAGAAGUAAAUACUGGACCGAAGCGGUUUGGACCGAGCAGAGACCCGAACCCGGAGGCUGGAGCGGAACCAUCCGGGAUAAAAUGGGUUUAAUCUCACGAAGCGGUUCCGCUGCGGAGUUCUGCUGAAGUUCUUAUCGCGACAAUCAGCCGAACCCGCUGCUUCUAGAACAUGGGUCAGAACCCCGCCUAGAACCGUGUGUCUGGAGGCUGGUUCCGGGUGUUCUGAUGGCGGGUUGGAGGAGCUACGUGGAGGUUCUGACGCGGGGGGUGAAGGUGGAGGUCCUGCGGGAAGCGGGCCGCCAGUACCCGGUGUCCUGCUGCCUGCUGCUGGCCCUGCUGGCCCUCACGGUGCUGCUCAACAGGUACCUGCACGUCUUCAUGGUGUUCUGGUCGGUCCUGGCCGGCUUCGUCACCUUCUACUGCUCGAUCGGACCGGACUCGCUGCUGCCCAACGUCUUCUUCCCCGUGAAGCCCAGGAGCAAACCGCCGGAACCGGAGCUGUUUCCUCUGGGCCACAGCUGCACCGUCUGCGGGAAGAUCAGGUGCAAACGACACCGGCCCACUCUGCUGCUGGAGAACCACCAGCCCUGGCUCAACCUGAAGGUUCCCUCCAAGGUGGACGCCUCAGUAGCAGAGGUGUUUGAGCUGGUUCUGGAGAAGUUUGUGUACCCGUGGUACAGGGACAUCACGGAGGACGAGGCGUGUCUAGACGAAGUCCGGACCACGUUCCGCUUCUUCGCGUCGGUUCUGAUCCGAAGAGCCCAGAAGGUGGACGUCCCGGCUGUGUUUGCAGACAAAGUGAUGAAGGCCGCCAUGAAGCACAUUGAAGUUAUCGCCAAAGCUCGAGCAAAAGUGAAGAACGUGGAGAACCUCCAGCAGGCGGCUCUGGAGGAAUACGGCGCCAGCCUCCACGCCGCUCUGCACAGCCGGAAGGACGAGGUGCAGUACCUGAGGAAGCUGACGGAGGCGCUGUUCUCCUACGUCAUGCCUCCCAAAGCCACCGACUGCAGGUCUCUGGCUCUGCUGCUGCGGGAAGUCAUGGCCGGAUCCGUCAUCCUGCCAACAAUGGACUUCAUGGCCGACCCUGACACGGUGAACCUCAUGGUGCUCAUCUUCGUCGACGACGCUCCGCCCGAAGCAGCCACGGAUCCUCCGUCUCCGCUGGUUCCGUUCCUGCAGAAAUACACCAGCGUCAGCAGCAAGAAGCCGUCAGUUCUGAAGUUGGAGCUGAAGGAGAUCAGGGAGCAGCAGGACCUCCUCUUUCGCUUCCUCAACUUCCUGAAGCAGGAAGGCGCCGUUCACGUGCUGCAGUUCUGCCUCGCCGUGGAGGAGUUCAAUGACCGGAUCCUGAGUCCGGAGCUGGGGGACUCUGAGCUGCAGCGUCUGCACGGCGAGGUGGUCCAGAUCUACGAGACCUACUGCCUGGACGAAAGCGCCGACAAGAUCAGCUUCGACCCGCUAAUCGUGGAGCAGAUCAGAACCGUGGCGGCGGCGCCGUACGGCGACGUGGUGAAGCUGCAGACCAUGACCUGCCUGUUCGAGGCCUACGAGCACGUCCUCUCUCUGCUGGAGGGAGUCUUCACGCCGAUGUUCUGCCACAGCGACGAGUACUUCAGACACCUGCUGAGAGGAGCCGAAUCUCCCGCCAGAAGCUCCAGAAUCAACAGGAACACGUCGAGGCGCGGCGAGUCGUUCGGGAUCAGCCGCAUCGGCAGCAGAAUCAAAGGCGUGUUCCGGAGCACCACCAUGGAGGGCGGCCUGCUGCCGCCCGGCGCCGCCGCCGACCUGGACGACGACGCGGUGGAGGAGGCGACCAUCGUCAUGGAGGACGACUCGCCCGCCGCUCCGGCGCCGGCGCCGCUCAACCAGAGGAACCUGUCGGCCUGGACCGUCUCCAUGCCCUUCAUCGACCUCUGCGAAGACGAGGCCAAGAGGGAGAAGAUCCCCGUCUUCUGCAUCGAUGUGCAGCGCAAGGACCGGAGGAAAGAUGGCCAUGAAGCCGAGUCGUGGACGGUCUACAGAAGGUACCUGGAGUUCUACGUCCUGGAGUCCAAGCUCACAGAGUUCCACGGCUCCUUCGCUGACGCACAGCUUCCGUCUAAACGGCUGAUCGGACCGAAGAACUACGAGUUCCUGGAGUCGAAGCGGGAGGAGUUUGAGGAGUAUUUACGGAGGCUGCUGCUGCAUCCUGAGCUCAGCAACAGCCAGCUGCUGGCAGACUUCCUGUCUCCCUUCAGCCUGGAGUCCCAGUUUCUGGACAAGAUGCUGCCGGACGUCAACCUGGGGAAAAUCUUUAAGUCGGUUCCUGGGAAGCUGAUGAAAGAGAAAGGACAGAACCUGGAGCCGUUCAUCCAGUCCUUCUUCAACUCGUGCGAGUCGCCCAAACCCAAACCGAGCCGACCAGAACUCACCGUCUUCAGCCCGACUGCAGAGAACAACAAGAAGCUCUCCAACAAGCUUUACCGGAACAACGCCAACCUCCCCGACGGUCCGGAUCGCAGAGACAUCUCCAACUACUUCCUGGAGAUGAUGGCGGUGGACGGCAUGUACGACUACAUGAUGUAUGUCGGUCGGGUCGUGUUCCACAUCCCAGACUGGCUGCACCACAUCCUGGCUGCAGGAAGGAUCCUCUUCAAGAGCACCUUUGAGGCCUACAUGGAUCAGUACCUGCAGUCCAAGCUGGAGGCCGUCCUGCAGGAGCACCGGCUGGUGUCGCUCAUCACGCAGCUCAGAGACGCAGUUUUCUGUGAGAACAACCAGGAACGAACUUUAGAGGAGAAACAUCUGAGAGCCCAGCAGACGUUUGAGGAGAUGAUGAGAUACUUACCAGACUCGGUGGUGAAGUGCAUCGGUGAAGACGCCCGGCGGGAAGGAAUCCAGCUGCUCUACGACGCGCUGCAGCAGCCGCUCCUCAACAAGCAGAUGACCUACGUUCUGCUGGACAUCGCCAUCCUGGAGCUUUUUCCUGAACUCAACAAGCAGGCGGUGAGGGACGUCUUUGUGGUGUGAACGGGUCGGCGGUUCCGGUUCUGCAUCAAAGAUCUCCUGCUGCCUCGCAGACGUCACGACGUUCCAGUUCCUGCUGCUGCACCAAUAAACACCAUCCACCCCCGCUGCACGGCAGAGAGGCCGCAGAAUCACACGGUUCUGGUUCCACUGCUAUGACGGGUCGGGAGGUCCGCUUUGGCUUAGUCUCACAAUAAAAAACGUAGAACACUCA